AUGCACGACAAAUUAGAGAAGUCCCAACGGCUACUUUCAUUCAAAAACCUAAUCCUUGAUGAUCUGGGCCUGCCUUUAAAUACUCACGCCAUUGCUAUCGCCACGCCCACUUGUCUAAUUCUCUCGUACCGCCUUCCAAUCUUCUUCUCCCAGAAAACUUGUCUUCAAUUCAGAUCUAGAGUUAUGGAGACACCAUCAUCAACGAGAAGAGUCACGAGGUCUCAGACCCUCUCUGCCAUUAAAAGCUCUGCCACCAAUCAUCUUUUAUCAUCAAAGGAGUCGGAUAAAAGUCAAUCGAAAUCGAGACAAAGAAACGGUGCAAAACCACAGCAAGAGCGGUCGGCAUUGUUCGACAUAACCAACGACUCGCCGAUCGUAGGGCUGGCGAUGCAGACUCCAUCCUCGGGAGUGAUGGGGAAGAGGAAUGUGAGCAGAAUCAAGAGCACUCCUGGAUCUGGGGAGGCUCUCUUGAGGGGCCAGGUCAAGACUCUGCUGCAGAAGGUUGAAGAAGAAGCACAUGGUACCAAGAUUUCAGCUGAAUCUCGUCCCUUCGUCCAUCUCGUUACUUCUCCCAUGGGACUUCUCGCCCCGACUCCGGCCAACACUCCCCAAGUUGUCGAUUUCUCAGACGGAUUGCAGAUUGUGAUCACAUCUCCGGUUGUUCCGGGACAAGCAACAUCUCAGGUGGAGGAGAAAGCAGAGAGCUUGGAGGUGUUAGAGAGGAGUCCGAGCAUAACCCGGUCAUUGAUGCUGGACUUUAGUGAUAAAUUAGAACUAUGGGAGGACGAUAACUCCUCGGUGUGGUCGAUGCAAGUCAAUGCAAGUACAAAAGACGAAGAGGAUGAAGUGUGCUCUUACAGGGAGGAGGAUGAUGAAGCUGAGGAAUACAGCGGCGAGGCGGGGACUGUGGAUGAGUUGUGCGAAGGAAUGAGAAAGAUGAGCUUCGCAGGGAAGCACACUCGAUUUGUGUACGACAGUGAAGAUGAAGAGAUCUUGGAGGCCCAAGAGCAGCCACGAGUGUUGCGUUUGAAAGGUUUCCCUACACCAAAAGGAAAACAUGUCAGAUUUUCCGGUGACGAAUGAAUAUCAUCUAAAAUCCCCCUUUUUGGAGUUGUGACAAAGCCUCAAAUGUCUCUUUUCAUUUUUUGCUUGUUUCAUUCUCAAUUCUGAUUCUCUCGGGCCUACUAAACUAUUGUUGCCUUUGUUAUUUUUCAAUAACUAUAAGUGUAAUCGGAAUAUGACGUUUUCUUCUUCUCUUGCUUUUGAAUGACAAAUAACGACGUGGCACUCCAUCA